CGCAAAGCCACCAAAGGACACGAGCCGCUUAUCAUUUUCUUUCGAUUCCUUCACCACCGUUUCGAGAGCCGCCGCCCGCCAGUCCUAUAAACUUUGCCGCCGGCGCCUUCCUUUUCCGAUUUCCGAUUUCUCCUCUUACAUACCCUCUUCGUCUCUCACUUCUAUCAAUCUCGAUCCCGCCGGUGAGUGCCAAAAUGACGGGCCUGACCUGCAACUCUUGCAACAAAGAAUUCAAAGACGAUGCCGAGCAAAAGCUCCAUUACAAGUCCGAUUGGCAUCGCUACAAUCUCAAGCGCAAGGUGGCUGGGGUUCCAGGUGUCACGGAAGCAUUAUAUGACGCUAGACAGUCAGCAAUUGCUCAAGAGAAAGACAAGUCUCGGGAGACUCCAAUGCUCUACACUUGCACACUCUGUGGCAAGGGUUAUCGAAGCUUGAAAUCCCACGAGCAACACCUUAAGUCGAGAGGCCACAUCCUGAGGGCUGCUCAGGGGACAAUGCUGGAGAAAGAGGAAACAAUAAUCAAGCCACGCCCUCAACGGGUAGUGAACAGGCCUCCGCAGAAAGAGGAGAGUGAAGAAAGUGAUGAUGAUGAUGAUGAUGAGUGGGAAGAGGUUGACCCAGAUGAAGUAUUGGUUGAUGAUGCCACCGAGUCGUUGACUGGCUUGAAUGUGGACGGAGUAGGCGCCAGUAAUGAUAUGGAUGAAGAUGACGAAGAAGAAGAUGAUUUGUAUGAUCCUUGUGUUUGCUUCAUGUGUGAUAAAGAGCAUGACAAUAUAGAAGGCUGCAUGGUGCACAUGCAUAAGCAGCAUGGGUUCUUCAUCCCCGAUUUAGAGUAUUUGAAGGAUCCUAAGGGUUUCCUUACUUAUCUUGGUCUCAAGGUGACGAGGGAUUUCAUUUGUUUAUACUGCAACGAUCAACGUCAGCCAUUUAACAGCAUAGAAGCAGUUAGGAAGCACAUGGAAGCAAAAAGUCACUGCAAAGUCCAUUAUGGUGAUGGGGAUGAUGAAGAGGAAGUCGAGCUGGAAGAGUUUUAUGAUUAUAGUAGCAGUUACGUGGAUGAGGAUGGAAAACAGCUGGUUGCUUCGGGGGAUAUGGACAACACCCUGGAUCUCGGGGGUAGUGGUUCGGAGCUGAUUAUCACUUCAAGGAUCGAUGGUAAAGUACUAUCCAAAACACUUGGUUCCCGAGAAUUCCUGCGCUACUACCGGCAAAAGCCGCGACCACCAGCAAGCGAUGUUCCCAUGACUGCCACCUUGGCUGCUAGGUAUAGGAGCAUGGGAUUGGCAACGGUCCAGUCGAAGGAGCAGUUUGUGAGGAUGAAAGUGUUGAAGGCAAUGAAGCGAUCAGAUGUCGAGGUGAUGCGCACUAAGAUUGGCCUGAAAAACAACGUUAUAAGGAACCUGCCCAAGAAUGUCCCAUAUUAGUCUUGCCGCACAAGAAAUACAGCUUCAGCUACAGCUAAUACUACUGGUUGAUCUAUAUGUACUAAGAUUGGCCUGAAAAACAACGUUAUAAGGAACCUGCCCAAGAAUGUCCCAUAUUAGUCUUGCCGCACAAGAAAUACAGCUUCAGCUACAGCUAAUACUACUGGUUGAUCUAUAUGUACUGGUUUUAUUGUGUCCUACUAAAACCCUAAACAUCAGUAAUGUUUCGGUACCAAUGUUCUUUUAACAUGAAUUGGAUUUGCCCUUGGUAAAGAGCCGGUGUGCUAGAUUUUGUUUAAUCGACAGUUAAUUUCCCUAGCUGCUAUUUCCGUUACAUGGCCAUGCUAUGGCCAUGUUAUUGAGGCGAACGAUGUUUCUAUGACAACCAAGCAUUGAGAUCCUCGUUACUAUUACGACCCUUUUUGGCCUGAAGAACUUGAGUUCAGAUUGCAAAAAUGCAAGCUUAUAAGCCUACUGGGCAGAGUGGAAACAUUGAAUACAGGAGAAACUACAAUUUUAUACAAGUCAGUGUGUGACUUUCAAGCAUAUACUCAAACUGAUAGCAGGAAAACAGACUAUGAGUGGAAAUGAAGGGGAAAAGAAACAAAAGAAGAAGAAAAAAAUCUAAUCACAUGAAGCAAAACCCCAUUCAUCCUUCCAAAACCAAAAGUUCCACUGACAAACCACAACAGCAAGAAACGGGAAACAAAUCUAGCCACCAUCAUAUCCACAUUACAACUACCUGAAUCGUCCUAACGCCAUAUCUGGACCAUUUCUUUAAACAGCAACCCAGCUAACUAAAGCAACAAAGAUGCAGCACUGUAAGCAGCAUUCUUUUUCCAAAAAUGCUAUCUGAACACUAACAGAACCAGCCGCACUUAACAUUGUCAUCCUUCUUUGACUUGUUUCAGUUUUGUCAGUGCACCGAGUCAGGCAUCAGAGUGAGAGGUGAACUGAGGUGCCAAACAAGAUGUAUGGACCCAGUAUAAGUGCCGUACCUACAAGCCUGCCAUUAUUCGUGCCUAGUUAUCAUAGAACCGAGAACGGCGCCUGCGAGAACUGUAAAACAAGAGCCACCAGUAGUAGAUUGGUAAGUGAAAAGACUUACCAAGUCCAUAAUUUAAAAGUAAUGCAGCUAAUCAAGAAUCACUUAAUCC